UCGGUUCAAAAUUUUAGCACAUUUAGCAACUACAUGUGUGCCUUUGUUGUUUAAAUAGACAGUGUGACGCGUUCACGACCAUGGACGACGGAGUAAUAUUUCGUAUGAGUGCAUUUUCCGAGCAAGGAGGGAGGAAAUACAUGGAGGAUGUUGUCGAGAUAAGAAUCGAGUACGAGCCGACGCCGUCGCCAGCCGAAGAUUAUCCAAAAUCGCAGAGACAUGGAGGACAGGAAACAGCGGAGGGUGAAGCCGCUAAACAGACUGAAAACGACACACAUGAGCAGAACGCCGCUGCGGAGUCUGCCCCAGUUUCUGCUGUGUGGGUAGAGAGUCUGUUAAACGAGGACAGUGGCAACAACAGUGCACCGGCUUCAGACGGAAAAGUCACGGAGCACGUAGUCAACACUCGGAGGUCUGUGGCGUUUUUCGCAGUUUUCGACGGUCACGGGGGUCGGGAGGCUGCACACUUCGCCAGAGAGAAUCUGUGGGAUUUGUUAAAAAGGCAGCGGGGUUUUUGGUCGAAAGACCACAGUGAAGUGUGUGCUGCUCUGCGGAAAGGCUUCAUCGCUUGUCAUCAUGCAAUGUGGAAAGAGCUACCGGAGUGGCCGAAGACUAUCACUGGCCUACCAAGCACAUCGGGCACCACAGCCAGCGUGAUCGUGAUCCGUGGAGUUCACAUGUAUGUCGCCCACGUAGGGGAUUCAGCGGUAGUGGUUGGAGUGAAAGAAAAUGACUCCGAUAUCACGCUCCAAGCACUUGAAGUCACACAAGACCAUAAACCUGAACUUCCUAAAGAAAAAGAAAGGAUUGAACGAUUGGGUGGCAGUGUAAUGAAGAAAUCAGGUGUGAACCGUGUUGUGUGGAAGAGGCCCAGACUGACUCAUAACGGCCCUGUGAGGAGGAGUACAGUCAUCGAUCAGAUCCCCUUCCUGGCUGUGGCUCGAUCCCUCGGUGACCUCUGGAGCUACGAUUUCUACAGUGGGGAGUUUGUGGUUUCUCCCGAGCCUGAUACCACGGUGAUGACCCUUGACCCCAAACGGCAUCGCUACAUCAUCCUAGGCAGUGAUGGACUGUGGAAUAUGAUGCCACCCAAGAAUGCUGUCAAUAUGUGUUAUAGCCAUGACAAAAUGGUGGGACCAAAGGGGAUGUCUUGUGCCCGCCGACUUGGAUGCACAGCUUUACUGUUUUGGAAAGAACGCAUGCUUCGUGCAGACAACACAACAGUGAUUGUCCUGGCGCUGCAGGAGCACGGAACGUCGAUCCCUAUGCAUAGCGAUGAGAUUGUUGUUGAUAUGAAUAGAGGAAUUGAUCAUGUUCCCUACCCAGGAACUACCUAUAACACAUGUGAGGUUCCAAAGACGGAGCAUGAGGAUGACAUGUUUUAUGAAGAAGAUGAGAUAUAUGGAGAAGAACAUGAGGGAUGGCCAUGCCUGGAGUGGUAG